AUGGCGGCGGCUCCGCUGCUGCUGCUGCUGCUGCUUGUGCCCGUGCCGCUGCUGCCGCUGCUGGCCCAGGGGCCCGGGGGGGCGCUGGGAAACCGGCAUGCGGUAUACUGGAACAGCUCCAACCAGCACCUGCGGCGAGAGGGCUACACGGUGCAGGUGAACGUGAACGACUAUCUGGAUAUUUACUGCCCGCACUACAACAGUUCGGGGGUGGGCCCCGGGGCGGGGCCGGGGCCCGGGGGCGGGGCGGAGCAGUACGUGCUGUAUAUGGUGAGCCGGAGCGGCUACCGCACUUGCAACGCCAGCCAGGGCUUCAAGCGCUGGGAAUGCAACCGGCCGCACGCCCCCCACAGCCCCAUCAAGUUCUCGGAGAAGUUCCAGCGCUACAGCGCCUUCUCGCUGGGCUACGAGUUCCACGCCGGCCACGAGUACUACUACAUCUCCACGCCCACCCACAACCUGCACUGGAAGUGUCUGAGAAUGAAGGUAUUCGUCUGCUGCGCCUCAACAUCGCACACCGGGGAGAAGCCGGUCCCCACUCUCCCCCAGUUCACCAUGGGCCCCAAUGUGAAGAUCAACGUGCUGGAAGACUUUGAGGGAGCGAACCCCCAGGUGCCCAAGCUUGAGAAGAGCAUCAGCGGGACCAGCCCCAAGCGGGAACACCUGCCCCUGGCCGUGGGCAUCGCCUUCUUCCUCAUGACACUCUUGGCCUCCUAGCUCUGCCCCCUCGCUUGUCGGGAGAGUCGGGGCGGGGCCGCGAAGGAGUGGGGAGCCUUUGGCCUCUCUGCAAGGGAAACCUAGCCGGGGCCUAGACCCCUCUUCCCAUGGCUGGAAGUGGGGUCAGCACCAUACAUCUGUGCUUGUCCCCUCUGCCUCCUCCCCCCCGGUAGGGCACUAUAGUGGACCAGGCACAGAGACAGCCUUGGAUCCCAGGUAGCCUUGUGGCUCUGGUAAUGUUUGGUACCAAACUGGGGGCCAUUAAAGGGCAGUGCUCAGGACUCCCUGCCCCCUGGUACCUUUUCUUGACCCCUGGUGUCCUCCUCCUUUGUUCCCCUAGAGAGACAAAUAUGCCCCAGAGAGAGCAAAUCGAAGCAUGGGAGGCACCCCCAUCACUGUCCUCCAGGGGCAGAACAUGGGGAGGGGACUAGAUGGGCGAGGGGUGGCACCGCCCGCCGCCCCCUUCCCCUGUUUACAGCAAUAAGCACGUCCUCCUCCCCCACUCCCACUCCUACUCCCAGGACUGUGGUUUGGAUUGAAUCCAAGUUUACAAGUAGAAACCCCUGGUGGGGCGGGCAGUGGACAAGGGUGGAAAGGGGUGGGCAUUGGGGUGCCA